AUGGAGAACGCUGCAAAACACACUCCGAAAGCUACAGUCUUCACCCAGGACGAAUGGGAGCAUAAACUUCUAAGACUACUCGCGAUGUCACGACUUCCUUUUCAAUUCAUUGAACAUCCGGAGUUCCAUGACCUUAUUUCCUUCGCGCGCCUUGCACCACAGCGGCCUAUCAUUCCUACUGCAAAAACCAUUCGCGCGCGGCUACGAGGCUUUGUAGCGGAACAGCAACAGAGUAUCCUACGACAAUUGCCAGAAGGCUCAAAGCUUUCACUGGCAUUAGAUUGUUGGACAUCUCCCUUUCAGCAGGCGUUUAUGGCGGUGACCGGCUACUUCCUCGACCAUAGCUGGGAGUACCGGGAGGUCCUUCUUGACUUUGAGCCUCUUUCUGGCUCCCAUUCAGGUCUGAAUCUUAGUGAGGUACUAAUAAAGCUCCUCCAACAACAUGAUAUUACAGACCGAGUGCUCGCAAUUACCACUGAUAAUGCGUCGAAUAAUAAUACCUUGGUGAACUUCAUGAAUGAGGCUAUCCAGUCACUUGAGCUAAGUGAUAGCUCUGUUAUACGCGUUCCAUGUAUAGCACAUGUUAUCCAGCUUAGCUUAAAGGAUCUCCUUGGUCAAUUGAAAGCAAACCCGAAAAACGAGAUGGCUGAGACAGAGUGGUCUGAAGCUUGUGUCCAGUCUCUUCGUGCGACGCAGCAAAAAAGAGAGAUUGUUAACACGUUGAAUAAGGUCCCGGCUAUUUACAUCAACAGUAGUCCCCAGCGUCGAGAGGCCUUCUACAACCUUCAAACAGAGGAGCCAAAACUUGUUCCUAUCCAGGAUGUCAAGACUCGCUGGAAUUCGACCUUUCUUAUGCUCCGGCGCGCAAAGCGGCUACAGUCUACCUUUGAUGAGUUUUACGAGCAUUAUGGCCAAGAUCAGUUUGCCAUAAGUGCAGAGGAAUGGCGCCAGAUUGAGUAUCUGCUUUGGAUUACACAACCAUUCUUUAAAUUCACUUCCCUUCUCUCGCAGACGAAAGAUGUGACUAUUCAUCUAGUCUUCAGCAUCUACAACAAACUCUUUGACCAUCUAGAAAAGUCAAUCCGGCAGCUUCAGCGAAAGAAGGUCCCUUGGAAACAGUUGAUGUUAGCUGCCCUCUACGCAGCUAAAAGGAAGCUUUCUCAAUACUAUAGCAUGACUGAUCAGAUCCCUGGUGACCUUUAUGCAAUCGGCACAAUAAUUGCACCGCAGCAGAAGCUUCAGUUCUUCUCGACCAAGGAUUGGGAUAAUGACUGGCGUUCACGGUAUCGCAAUAGUUUUGAACAUUGCCUUGAACCCUAUCAACGGCGGCUUUUGAGCACCCAGUCGCCGGCUAAGGUUCAGCCAUCAGUCUUAGCUAUCUCUGAGCUUGAGAUGAUAUGUGAACCAGAAGCAUCUCAACAGUCAACGACUAGCCAACAUGAUGAGCUUUCGCGAUAUCUUGAUAGUGCACCAGUUCGAUCUGUUCCUCGUGUCUUCUGGAAGGAGCACCAGCACGAAUUUCCAGCUCUUGCGAGCCUUGCCCGUGACAUUCUCUCAAUUCCCGCUACUGGUGCAGGUGUAGAGCGGCUUUUUAACUCUGCUCGAGAUAUCUGCCACUAUCGCCGAGGCUCUCUUAAUCCUACGACUAUCCAAGACCUAAUGCUAUUCAUGUGCACAUCCCGGUUCGAUUUGGAGGAUGAACAGAGGGUAUUGAUCAAUGAGUAUCUCUCAUAUGAAGAGAUGCAGACAGCUAGGGAGGAAAGGGAUACCCAGGCGAAUGGAUUUGAUCCAAUCAGUGACGACGAGGAAGGAGAAGAGGAAGAUUCCACUCAGAUACGGUGCACAGAUCAAGCUCCUAGUGAAAGAAGUCAAGGCAAGCGGCGAAGGAGUGCUGGAUCUAGGCCAGAAGAGAGCCGUGGAGAUGAAGAUGAAGAUGCAGAAGUCCUUCCACUACCUAACAUGGAGCAGCGCUUGUCAGGGUCACCCGCGGGUGAGGGCGAGGUCUACCCACGAAAGCUUAAUGAGGAUGAUAUUAGGAAGAUUGAUGAAAUGAUUGAGGAAAACCCGAGAAUUAUGAUUGAGGAUCUGCUUGAAGGUGUCUCGAAUAAGGUUAAAAGGACCUCGAUUUGGCGCCUAAUGCACGAACAAGGCCGCAGAAAGUGGCUCGUCCUUGACCGACCGGGGCUAACCCCCGAGUAUACAGCCGCACGCCUUCGCUGGGCACUUGAGUACCAGGACUUUACCCCUGAAGAUUGGGCCCGAGUCUUCUGGUCCGACGAAUGUACGGUCGAACGGGGUAUCGGCGAGCGCCGUGAGUACAUAUUUACGCCGAGGAAUAAGCAGAUUCAAAAGCGCGAUGAUCUGCACGGCGUACUGGCCUUAUCCCUCUAUUUGGCGAUCCGAAUAGUGCGCGCGGCGGUGUAA